CAUUAUGAACACUAAAGGCAAAACAAAGGAUACGGCCAAAUCUCGCGAAGAAUUGAAUAGGUUUUGUCGCAGACCUGAGUUAGAAGCCAAUGAACAAACAGGAAAGUACCCUAAAGCAUGUUAUAUGCUUGAUAAUGAUGAGAAAAGAAUCUUACUUAAGUGGAUUGAAGGGCUUAGAUUUCCUGAUGGCUAUGUAUCCUCGUUGGGUAGAUGUGUCAACUUGAGUACACUUCAAAUGUUUGGUAUGAAGAGUCACGAUUGUCACGUGAUGAUGCAACGAGUAUUGCCGGUCGCACUAAAAGAUCUUCUACCAUUCAAUGUGUGGAAAACAAUUACAGAUCUUUGUCUCUUUUUCAAAGAUUUGACUUCACCAAACAUUCAAGUUGACAAUCUUCUUCAGAUGCAAAAAAAUAUUCCUGUCAUUCUCUGUAAGUUGGAAAGAAUCUUCCCUCCUAGUUUCUUCGACUCUAUGGAGCAUCUUCCAAUACACUUGGCCGAUGAGGCUAUGAUGGCAGGCCCUGUACAGUAUAGAUGGAUGUAUCCAUUUGAGAGGUACUUGGGAAAGUUGAAGAAAACAGUUAAAAACAAAGCCAAAGUUGAAGGAUCAAUUACAAAUGCUUAUCUUGUGGAAGAGGCUACAGCAUUCUGUUGUUAUUACUUUGAAGAUCAUGUUAAGACAAAGCAACGGAAUGUACCUCGAAACUUUGAAGGUAGUGGUGUUGAUGUGAUCCCUGACAUGUUGUCUGUCUUCAAGUAUGUUGGGAGACCAUUUGGAAAGAUGACAACUAGAUUUCUAGAACCUAAAGAGCACGCCGCCGCCCAUUUGUACGUGCUAAACAAUUGCACAGAAGUUACAGAAACCUACACAGGGUUGUUUGAGGAUGAAAUGCGGGCCAAAUUUCGUGAUAUUUCAUCCAAUGAACUUCAACAGAAACUUGAGAAAGAAUUUCCCACAUGGUUCAAAGCAUAUGCUUCAAAUCCAACAAAUGGGCUAGUCAAUUCAUUUUUGCAUCAUUUGUCAUUGGGACCUCUGCACAGAGUUACUACAUACCAAGGAUUCUUUGUCAACGGAUUCAAAUUUCAUACGGUUUCUUAUGGCUCGAAGAAAUCAACUGAUAAUAGUGGAUUGUGCGUUAAGGGUUCAGUGUUGAACGGUGUCCAGUUAGAUUUCUAUGGUCGUUUGUUAGAGGUUGUUGUCCUAGAGUAUCCUGGGCUACCAAUAAAAACAACCACAUUAUUCAAAUGUGAGUGGUUUGACCCUCAAACUCCAACUGGAACCGACAUUGAUCGUGACUUCAAUCUGGUUUCGGUGCACAAGAAUCGUCGUUAUUCCAAAUACGAACCAUUUAUCCUCGCCAAUCAAGCUGCACAAGUUUAUUAUUGCUUGUAUCCAAGUAAAAAUAACAACAGAAGCAAUUGGUUGGCCGCUUGUAAAGUGAAAGCAAGGCCAGUUGUUGAAGUUUCCACAACUGAACUUCCAACAACGUCUUUGCCUUUUCAAGAGGAAGUCGUAGGCAGAAUAUCUCUUACGAAUAUAGAUGACAUUUCAACAAUGGUUCAUCCACAUGGAGGCGAGGUGGACAUAGAUCAUGAUGAUGAUGAUGAUGAAGAUGAUGAAGACCUUAUUUUACAAUCCCCCGAGUCUUCUAACACUGAAUCAGAUUGAAUGGAUGCUUCUACUCAAUCCGGGUCUAAUCCAUCCGGUUCUACUCCAUCUGGUUCGGGUCCAUCCGGUUCUACUCCAUCUGGUUCGGGUCCAUCCGGUUCUGGUCCUAUUUUCGAUAAUAGGCCGCCAG